UGCAGCUCAGGUAGGCGCUGCCUACGUCACUGUCUGAUACGGGCUGAAACCAAAACUCCUCUCUGCGCUGGUUUCCAUGUCGGAUCAAGUAUUCUCCAUAGUUUAGUUUCAAGCCCUUUUCCAGACUCGCUGUAGGAAAACUAGGAUGAUUUUGGACUUGUUCCGCGGUCGUUUACUCACUAAUCCCGGCAGGAAGAGUUGAUCUGAAGUCACGAAGAGAAAGCAAGUUCCCACGACAUGAUUCGUGGUUAUUUCCUCGUUUUCUCGGUCUUGUCCUCCUAUCAAGUGGCCGCGGAGCCUCCUACGUACGCACUCCUGGGACAAGCCGCCAACAUUGACCCGAACUUAAGAAAGCAACCUGAUGAAAUUCUGUGGAAGCACAAUGGCGACAAAGUGGUGGAGUUUACCGGCAUGGAGCAGCUGGAGUUCGGCUCGUACCAGGGACGGGUCACCCUCCACUGGGAUUCUGCAGAGGUGGAAAUCAGAGAGCUGAGCUCUGACGACAGCGGCCUGUACGUCCUGGAGGCUUUCCACCGGAAGCAUAAAUUCAUGGAAACCUUUAAAUUUACUUUACAGGUCAUAGACAGAGUCCAGAAGCCAACCAUAACCUGUGAGAUGAACGCGGACGCGAGCUCAGAGGAAUCUGCAAAGACGGCCACGCUGACGUGCUCUGCAGAGCCGCAGCAGCAGUCUGGCUCCCUGCUGAAGUUCAACUGGACCUCGCUUGGAAAGCAGACGCAGCAGAUCCAGCACCAGCACCGCCCAAGCCUGACCAUAGCCCUCGGGGACGAGCGCGACCGUGAAGUGUACAACUGCAGCGUGAGCAAUCCCCUCAGUGAAGACUCUGCAGCGUUCACGGCUGGGGACUGCUACCCUGGCAUUUCAACGGGACUGGUUGCUGGUAUUUGUUGUGGCGUUUUAAUAUUCAUACUCCUGGGUCUUUUGGUCCUCUGGAUACUCAGGUCUAAAGGAUGCUUUUCAAGAGGAAACGAGAGCGAUGUGGAAAAGCAGCCGAGUGACUCUGAAACAGGAGAAGCUGCAGAAAGCGCGCUGUUGCGCUUCGACCGGGCGCCUACGCUGCCUUCCCAUCAGCGACUGCCAUCUGCCAGCCAUUCUGACCCGAGGAACAGAAAGUCUGUACACGAUGGCGCGGCGCAGGGUGAUGGGAAUGCUUUCAUGAAUGAGUUAAAACAAAGCAUCAAACGCCGAAACUCAGCAGUUCCUCAGGCGUUGUACCGAAGCCCGGCACUGAGUCAGAAAAGACGAGAGAGGAUGACGGGGAUGCAGAGCUCGAGUCUGAAGACGUGGCUCUGCUCCCUGCUGCUCAUCCACCCUCGACCCGGAACUCCCCGACCCCUCCAGCAGACGCUGAGCACCAAGAGAACAGCAGCUUAG